AGGUACCUAUCGUGCGGCGCCGGGUUAAGCUCUGUCUUUACCGGCAGUAACAGUAGCCCACGAAGCCAUUUUUGCCCUUUUGUCGGCUAGAAGAACAGACGAUCUCAAUCUCCGAACAAUUAUUAAUCGUGUUCCCAUCCCUGCUUGCUGCUGCUGGGGGUGUUCGGAUUCGUCAGAUAAAGAGACCCACGGCACUGGUCACCGGCGGCGAUGGAUUCCGGCGCGGACACCGCCGGUGAGCCCCUCUCGCGUACCGAAUACCUCGUGGCCGUUGAUUUUGGUUGCCGCGUAGCCGCCGCAAGCUCAGGUGGUUGGCUGUCUGCCUGGCUCGCGCAGGCGAGGCGUUCGACGAAAUGCUCCAAGAGAAGAGACCAAGACUUGACGCCGAGCGCGACGAGUCGCCGUGGGGCCUCCACCCGGACGCCCUGGGCGUCGUGCUCCGCUUCCUCCCGUGCCUCGCCGACCGCGCCAGGGUGCGGUCCGCGUGCCGCAGCUGGCGCGCCGCCUCCCGCGGCCGCGGCGUGGCCCCGCCGCUGCCCCUGCUGGUGAUGCCCAGGUUCAGGUUCGCCAGCAUGACCCCCGGGGGCGUGCUGACGGCGACGGCGCGGCGCGCUUGGAUGCCGCAGGAGGUGGAUGCCGACUGCGUGGGAUCUUCCGACGCGUGGCUCGUGGGCGCCAGGCAGGCCGGCGGCGAGUGCUUCUUGGUGAACGCCUUCUCCCACGAGGUGCACCACCUGCCACGCCUGGGCGAUUCCGAUCUCAGCCAUUCCGCCUGCUCGCUUCGCAAAGUGGUGCUGUCUGGUUCACCUCAGUCGGGACCCGAGUGCAUCGUGGCCGCUUUCGCGUUCUGCAGGUCCAAGCCUGAACUGGCGCUCUGGAGACCCGGGAUGAAGUCAUGGUGUGUUUGGCAGCACUCUUUGAUUGCCGGGCACAUCGACAUGGCCUUUUAUCAGGGGAGGCUGUACAUGCUCUGGAGGUUCACGCCGUCCCUCUUCGUCUUUGAAAUCGCGGAGGAUGGGCAUGGGGUCAAGUUCUCUCGCAUGAAGGAUUGCCUGCUCGAGAAGCUCCUCGCUACCCCUCUUGGGUCCAGUCAUGUAUUGAGCUGCAACAUGGUGGAGUGGCACGGAAGGCUGCUGUUAAUCAUCCGAUACUAUGGCGGUUACCAAGUCAGACACAGAGUUCUGAAGGUCCAAGUGUUCGCGAUCGACCUGAACACGAAGCCAAAUAGCCUCACUGAGAUCCACAGCUUCGGUGGCGACUGCGUCUUUGUUGGUUCAGGCGGCUGCAAGUCCUUUCCUGCUGGUCAGUACCGUGGAGUUGAAGGUGACCUUAUCUACUUUGUUCCUGACCAUUACAACCCUCACGACGCGUUCGUGUACAACAUGAUGGAUGGCAAGACAAGGUUCAUCGCCGAGCCAUUGCCUUGCAGCAUUUCUGCACCAGAGCAGAGCUCCGGUUUCCCGGUGUGGUUGUUUCCGCCCGAGUGAUCUCCGUCAGUCACAAAUCUGAUCUGACCAGCUGGUGGAUGCUGCAGUUUGCUGUCAAAGAUAAUGUGUGUUGUCAUGCAUUCUGUAUCGCAACCCAAUUUGUAUGAGAAAGUUGCAUCUCGUUCCCAGUUUCCUGCCUGUAUGGUGAGGGAUUGCGCACUUGCAGAAGAACUGAGAUCAGAGUAAGAACUUGGUCUCUGCAAUACUUACGUAUGUGCCUCAAAUGCUUGAAAUGCAAGUAUUUUGUUGGCGCUUCUGAUGGUAUUUAUCCCCUCUUCUUUUUUUUAUACUGGUCAUAAGCUGCUGGUUUUCCAUUGACUUGAUAGUGAAUACAGAUCAAUCAUGAUGAAGUAUUCUGCUAUUGUUACUGGCGUGGUGUAUCUUCGAGAGUGAUAUUAGUUCGCACUGUAAGUGGUUACCAGUUAAAAUAUGUUUAAAUAGCCGUGAACUGUGAAUCUGGAAUACUUGCUUCUUGCUUGGUGAAAGGUGACUAGGUGCACAGCCACGGUUCCUUGAUCCACUAAGCUGUGUUCAGCAGUUCACUGAAAUGGUCACCCAAAACUCUAUCCA